AUGGAUGCCCAUGAAUUCUACCAGAUGCUUGUGGUAUCUAGAAUCACAACCCCUCAAGAAAAGUACGAUCUUGUUAGUGAAUUCAAGAAUUAUAUCAAGAAGAAUGUUAUUAAAUCCCCGGACGAUGGCGUCUUAUUUCUCACAUCAUUAACCCAUAUUCUUCAACCUUUAUCACUGAAGGAGUUACCGUUUAUCAAAGAUGAACUCACCAUAAUAACAUUUUCUGCCCUUGGUCAUAUAGUAAAGCGAAUGGCAGCUCAGAGCGAUGGGGUAACUUUAGCCACUUUUCCUUACGCCAUCCAAUGCUUCAUCGAUAUUUGCGAAAAAUCAGAUCCUUCAAAACUAGCACUCCAAUAUAAGUCGCAAAUUAGAAAUUGGAUAAUUGAUCUCUGGCUAUCUAUUCCUGUCAAGUUGGAAGUUUGGUUUCGGAAUUAUAUGAGUGAACAUUCAAAUUAUGGCAGUCUUUAUAGUAGUUGGCCAGCAUUCGGAGAAAUCUUCAAGAUUUUCAAAGAAAUUUGCGAGAAAUACUCAACAACAUUCGACAUUAGUCAGUAUUAUGUCCAGUUUUGUUCAACAUACCAAUUUCUAAGGCAAAGAAGUAGUAUGGGGCAAAAUCCUUUCAUCAUUGAAGCCAUUGAAAAUUGUAACUGGCUUGUAAGGUUUUCUUUCCGUCAGAACCAAUUCAAUAGACAGAAUUUUAGGAAAAUGGCAACCAAAAAUGGAUUAGACAACGAUUUUAUUGAUGACCUUAUCAACAAUGAAAAGUCUAAGGAAUAUUCAGAUUAUGAUGGUCUAGUAGUACAGAAGGAUUCAAGGCAUGAAUUAAGUGUUCAUCGCUCAGUCACCGAGGAACAACAACAGUCACACAACAACAGUCACCCCUCGACGAAGACAAAUGUUAACACAGAUUCUGAGCUCAGGGAUAUUUUGUUCAGUUUGCCUUCUUACAGUCUUGAAAAGAUCAGUGCUUCAGAAUUCUUAGAUGUGAACUCACUCAUAAAUUCCACCAAAGGGUUAGAAAAAGAUUUUGAGGGAAGAGAAACAGAGUUCAACUGGUCAAAAAGAGAAAAACAUAUAACAAAGCUUCGAUCUAUGAUCCGCUCAUCUUUAUUUGUGAACUCCAAUGAUAACCAAAAAGAUUUUCUUAUGUUUUUCAAAGAUUCGUUAAUUGAUGGCGUUAAUAAAGCCAUAAACUCCUUGAGAACCACAUUAUCCACCAAAGGUUGCAAGUUCAUUAAAGAGUUAUUCCAAAUUUUUAACAUCAAUAAUUUUGAUAAUUCAACAAUUGAAUUGAUCUUCAAAAAUAUCAUGAAAUUGACCACCACUACCAAAAAAAUAAACAAUAACAAUGCCAACGUCGUCAUAUACGCCAUGCUUAACAAAAUUUUUGGAUUAAGAUCAUUCAACUUCAAAAUCCUUAAUCUCAUUUAUGAUUAUUCUAAUGAGAAAAAUGUCUCACCAAGGGCAUUCUCGUCAAACUGGUUGUCCAUAAUCAUUCUCAAGCAUCCUUUAAAUUUGAAUAAUUUCAAUGAUCAUGGCACGUUUUCUUCUUCUAGUAAUGAGAGUAACGCCUUCAAAAUCGUUGAAAAAAUUAUUGAAAAAAAUCUUAGUGAUCCGAGUCCUUUAGUUCGUGAAACUUCAAGGAAAACUUUUUGGAUAUUAUAUAAGUAUUACCCUAGAGAAUCGCAAUUGAUACAUGACAGAUUGGCCCCAUCGGUGAUAAAGUUGUUGGAUAGAACUAGGCCUAAGGAUGUUUUGGGAGUAAACGCUAAUAGACCAAGCUCAAGAUCACAAUCUGCGCUUGGCAGUAGAACCGACUCCAAGCAUGCCUCUUAUAUAGGUUUAGGCCCCGAUAGAUCUAAAGCUCUUGCUAAAUCCCGAAGUGUAUCUGAUCUGUCCAUGCCUAUCGCGAGAUCUCAAUCAUUAACACGUACAUCGAAUACUCUAAGCUCUACUUAUGAAAAACCAGAGAACUUGAACGGGGGUUCUAUAAAUCCAGGAAUUGGCAAGCCAAUCAGGUUAAAUCGGAAGCCAUAUGCUUUUCCAAGCAGCCAUGAAACUUCAAGUUCCUCUUUACACUCUGAUACUAGUAUUUCAAAUCUUAAUAACAACCCAACAAAGAAUACGAGACUGAAAUUACACUCUUCAUUAGGCUCAAGAUUCAACUCAUUAUUUUCGACCCAAAGAUCCGUUAGUCUAGAGAAUAAACCAAUAUCUUCUGCUGGUAGCUCUUUGGAUUUCGGUGAUUCCAUCAUUAAGCCUAUUGAAUUGUUUGUUCCGCAAAAAUCAGACGAUGAAAAUAUAAGCUCAAAGGAAGACACUGAUUCGGAGAUCAACAAUAGCAUGGCCAAGAAAUUGCUGUUAAAUGCUCAUGAAGGAGAUGAGACAUCGAUGAAAGACGGUGAAAAGGUUAGUCAAGAACCAAUUGGAAGUGCUGAUAAUAAUGAUAUUCAAAUGAUUGACAGCGGUGAGCUGGCAGUGGAUAAAUUGUCUCGUCAGUUGAGGUCCCAUAGCAUCGCGGAUCAAACCAAGGGAAUAAACUUUUUCAUAGAAUUGAUUGAGAAACAAAAUAUUGAGUUUUCUUUAUCAGAUCAUUCAAUUUUAACUACAAGUUUGAACAAGGUAUCUAAAUCCUCUCCACAACUAUUAUAUCCAUUGGUCAGUCUGGUGCUUAUCCCCAAAGUCAUUGAUCUUAUACAAUUGGAUGACUAUUUAAGCGUGUUGUGUCAUUAUAAUAUGAGCCACAAGGGCUCCAUUACAGAUGUUUUGAAUGAAUUGAUCAGUUUGCUAACUUUUGAUGAGGUGGUGAACAAUUUUAUUAAGCUUAUGAAAAGCAAUCCGGACUUUGUUAAGUUUGGACUAACUCAUUUAAAAUAUUUAUUAGAUGAUAACAAAGUGGGCAAAUUAUCCACCAACAAGCAAUUUAUUUUGGAUAAGAUUAUUUUGAACUUACUAAUGAUAUGGGAACAACAUGAAUUUCAAUCAAACUCAGAAGGUGUCCAAUUAGUGAAGAAUGAUUUGGUAUUUUUGGAAAGCCAAUACGCUCUGGGAUUCAAACUGUUCGUUAGAGAUAAUUUUGAGAAGGAAAGCGGUAAAAGCAAGAAUGUGUUGAUUCAUAAGGACAGAUAUCAACUAGGAGGUUUUAUUGGCAAAAGAUUCAAAUCGAAAUCAUCUUUAGGUGAAAAAUCCGAGAAAGCUGCCCAAAAUACCAGUAAUAGCACCUUUAUUGAUAGUAGCGUCAACACGAGCUCUAACAUUAAUUUCAGCAUUUCGGUGGACAAUGAUCCUGCCAAGGAUAUUACUGAUGACGUUCGACAUGAGGAAGGCAAACUGAGCCCUACAUCUCCCAAUAGAAAUGCUACCCAGAAUUUCACCUUCUCUCCGCUCAAAGAUGUUGAUUAUGGUUUGAGUCCAGUAAAGAUUAGCGACUUAGGUGUUAACUACAUGAAAGCUGAUGAUGAUCUAGAUUUAUUGAUUGCUGAUGAAGAGGACGAAUUAGGAGGCUAUAGAAAUGAGAUGACCAAAAUCGUCCCUGUUUUCAAAACAUCUGCAGACGGUAACGAAAUCAGUUUUCAAGAAGAGAAAGCUCCUGAGGCAAUCAAGCUUUCCCCAAAGGAAGCAGCGAAAAUCGAUGACAUUAUUGAAAAAGUCGAUCCAUUAAAAUCUAUAGGUGGGGCCGUGAAAAAAAUCCCGGUUUACCAAGAUCAUCAUGAUAUUAAUGAUAUUUAUGAUAAUUUGUUUGAAGACCAAAUAAAGAAAUAUAAAUUGAUACAUUAUAAGUAUAACAAUCUUUCUAUCUUUGACAAGAGUUUGGAGAACAAUUUAUUCAUGAAGGCUGAUAUUACUCAUAUAAAGGUCAUCUUGGAGCAUUUGAGCAACGGUACAUUGUAUCUCAAGGAGUCCAGCUCGUUAAUCUUUGUUCUUGAUAAUGUGGCCAAAGAUUUACAAAACGGGAAUUCAAUUAGUCAAAUUGGAGAGUGGAUAUGUAAGAAGCAAGGAUUUGAUGAAAUUUUCAAGUCAAUCUCAGACUUUGUUGAUAAGAAGUCUGUUUCUGAUAUUUUCAAUCCAUGUUUUGUUGAAAUUUUUAUGGUUGUGAGAUUAUUAAUUAAAUUGUCCAAUGAGGACAAUAAUCGAGAGGACAUAUCAAAUGGCUUAUUUGAUUCGGAUAAAUUGGGUCAGUAUUGGUUAAUAAGUGAGAAAAUUAUUGAUGGGUUAUGUUUAGCAAAAGUUGACAGUUCUAUUUUGAGCGAAAAGCUUAUCUCAUUAAUGAAUGAUAUAGUCAAUGAGCUAAGCUCAAAGGGUGUGGUCCACAGAGACUCAUUACUAAAGAAUAUCGUGAAAUCUUUCAAAGAUUCUAGGGAAAAUAAUAGUAAUAAAAUCAAGGAUAAAUACCGUCUUGAUAGUAUUUCUAAAUCACUAAUGAACUCUAUCGAUUUAGUAGAUUUCAGCGAGUCGCAUGGUCUUCUUGUUGAUAUCGAAGAAAUUAUAACCAGGUACUUGGUCAAUGAAGAAGCAGAAAUCAGAAAAGAAGCCAUUUUGAUUUAUUCAAUGUUAUUUAAGAUCUACAAAAAUAAUUGUGGAGAUGCUAGUAAAAUGGUACACUAUCUUUCUUUGGAACCUUCACAGCAGAAACUCAUCACUUACUAUAGUGAAUGCAUAUAA